UGAUGCUGGUGUUGUAUUGGUAGGGAGCACAGUGCCCAGGACCGCAUUGGCUGUUGUGUUUUUUUCAUAAGGGUCCCAAACUACACCGAGAUUUGGAAUAUUACGCUACAGUCCAGCAGGAAAAUGGCGACUGUCAUUCAUAACCCUCUAAAAUCGCUCGGUGACCAGUUCUAUAGGGAGGCUAUCGAACACUGUCGCAGCUACAAUGCCCGCCUCUGUGCCGAACGCAGCGUGCGCAUGCCCUUCCUGGACUCGCAAACUGGUGUGGCACAGAACAACUGCUACAUUUGGAUGGAAAAGCGCCACCGCCAGCCAGGCCAGGCGGCAGGACAGAUGUAUACCUACCCUGCUCGUUGCUGGAGAAAGAAGAGGCGACUCCACCCGCCCCUGGAUCCCCAGCUCCGCCUGUGUGAGCUUCGACUAGAAGCCGAGCUGGCCCCAAAGCGUGAGGUUCCCCCAGGGGAGGCCACAGCCUUGGAGGCCCUCUUGAGGGCGGACAGCCUGCUGGAGAAAAAAAACAACCUCUGUAAGGAAGAGGAGACGUUGCUGGAAAUACAGAGAGUUCUGGAGGCGGAUGAAAAUGGGGACGGUUUCCACGAUGAUGAAGACUUUGAACUGGAUACUCCAAAGAGAAAGAACAGAAACAGAGGCAAAAACAGAGGAUCCAGUCGCAGAAGGACAGAACCCGUUAACAUGGAUGACCAGGACAAACCAUAUGUCUGUGACAAUAGAUACAAACAAAAGCAUAACUCAAAAAAGGCUGAAGAAGUCUGUGGAAAGCGCUACAAGAACCGGCCCGGCCUGAGCUACCAUUACACCCACACUCACUUGGCAGAGGAAGAAGGCGAGGAGGAGAAGGAAACAGAGAUGAGCCCGUCUCCUCCACGUAGCUCGGACAACCACAAACCUCAGAAGGGCCCAGAUGGUGCCAUCAUCCCCAACGACUACUGUGACUUCUGCCUGGGAGACCAGGACUCCAACAGGAAGACAGGCCAGGCCGAAGAGCUGGUGUCCUGCUCUGACUGUGGACGCUCUGGUCACCCCACAUGUCUGCAGUUCACUGACAACAUGAUGCAGGCAGUGAGGACGUACCAGUGGCAGUGCAUAGAGUGCAAGUCCUGCAGCAUCUGUGGCACCUCAGAGAAUGAUGACCAGCUGCUAUUCUGUGAUGACUGUGACAGAGGAUACCACAUGUACUGCCUGAAGCCUCCAAUGACCCAGCCUCCAGAAGGGAGCUGGAGCUGUCACUUGUGUCUGGACCUGUUAAAAGACAAGGCCUCAGCCUACGAAGAAGCAUAACUCCUUGGACAUUCUUCUCAACACACACGUACACACACUAUAUACAGUAUAUUUGUACCUAUACAUUAACUGUUUGACAUACAUUAGCAAAAACUUUCUCUCACAUUGAAUUGAACAUGCACAGAUACAGACACUCUUUCACACAUACACACUGCAGUGCAUUAGCAGGCUCAGGGCAGCUUCCUGUGCGAGGCGCAGAGAUCCUCAGCCGCUCAUGUAGCCACGCAACACUCAAGAUGCAAAUGCUAUCAACAUGCAAUCUCGACCAUAAGUCAGCUAACAGUAGGCCUGCCAUUCAGUCAUUUCUCUACCUCGUCACUCAGCAAACGGCAAGAAGCCAAAGCAAGAUAAUGGCCAAUACUGUGUAGUACAUGUGUAUGUGAAAUACAUGCUGAUUUAAAUUUAUUUGAGUAUGAUUUGGAAGACCUUUGUCCCAGAGCUUUUGCUGAAGCUGUUUCGCUUGCUUCCCUUGCUGCUCAAGCUCUACAGUGGGGGAACCUGAGUGGGUUUGAGUAAUGUUUGUUUAAAAUGUCUCCUUCCAGCUCUACUCCUCUCCUGUGUUUAGACUUUACAGUGACAUUCCUAUUUUAUAUCUGGACAGACUCAGUGUUAGUUAUGCCAUCUUUCACAGGUUUUGUCAAGCGCGGUGAAAUGUAGCUAUAUCCAGUGCUAAGAGGAAAUGGGGCGAUAAAACAGCCUUGACUAUAAUUCCUGUUAGAGCGUGGUGACAUUUUUAAUCCACGUCUGUUUUUUGUAUCCUUGCGGUUACUAGGAUACCAUGGUGCUCAAUCUGACACUUUACAAAAAUUACAACAUGUCUUCACAAACGCUUAUUUAUUUAUAGUAAUAAUAAUGGUCCAAAGUUACUGUCAAGGAGAUCAUUGUUACUGUAAAUCAAUGGUUCUCAAACUUUUCCUGUCAUGCCCCCCUUUGGAAGCCGAAAAAUGACUGGCCCCCUCUUCCUCCACACACAAACAUGUAAAUUGAUUACAUUUUUAUCAACUAAUAACAAUACAGGGGAGUAUACUGGGGAUUUGUUGGGUCUCUGUAAAUAAUAUUAUAAAGAGUACAGUCUAGACCUGCUCUAUAGGAAAAGCGCAAUGAGAUAACUUCUAUUAUGAAUUGGCGCUAUAUAAAUAAAAUUGAAUUGAAUUGAAUUAAUAACAAACUGCAUUUUCUUGAAUUUUCUCAUACUGUUCUUGUGUUCAACUGAAAAAUAUAAAUUCAACUUUACACACAAAAGAUAGGUUCACCUACUAUAUUAACAGUGAACUCAUGAUCAAGAUUCUUAAUAUUUUGGAUUUGACUGACAGGUUAAUGAGCCUCACAAGUUAUUCUUUUCUUUCCUCUCAAGUCUAUUCAUCUUGUUGUCGUUUUGAUUCCUGACUAAAUCUUGCUAAUCUGAAUCUUGCUAGCAUCAGAGCACUCUUGUUUUGUUGUUCCUCCCAAAUGAAUUGAUCUGAUUCAUAGACCUUUUUCACAGCAGACAGUUUGGCUUGGCAUAGCAGGAGAAGCACAGGAUUUUAUCAACUGCAGCUAGCUAGCUAAUUAGCCUAACUCUGUGAGUUGGUUGAAAAAAACUCAAUCUCCAGCUGACUCGGGAUCAAUAUGCACAUGAUGGCUACAUACAUGAUAAAGCUGAAGUUAAGCUAGUUAGCCCAGGUUUUAUAGUACAGAUGUGAUGUAACUGGCUCCCAAGUACUCACACAUAAUAAUAGUAGUGUUAUCUUAACUCUAGAUUUCAGCUGUUGGUAGUAGUAAGAUAGUUAUCUGAGCAUGCUAACGUUUGCAUUAACACGCAGUUUAACUCCUUACUCUGAGCUCUUUAGGUACUGAGUAUCGCCCUUACACAUGCCCCAUUGCACAUAGCUUUAGCAUGUGGACAAAAUCUAAAACGCCACAGGUCAGCCAUGCCUAGUAACAGUUGCUGAGCUGUGAUUGGACAUUCGCUGGUUGGGGAAGGGGUUUAGUGAAGGGUCAAUUAAUACUGCUACAUUAUUAUUAGUUAGACCUGUGUUGGACAUUUCAAAAUAAUCUGCUGUGAAAAAGGUUUAUUUACAUUUGGGGUUUCACUGUACACUUUACCCAAUGUGUGUCCCCUGCAAUACUUCUGUGCCCCUCCAGAGGGACCAACCCCACAGUUUGGGAACCACUGAGUGCAAUGUGUGUAUAAUCAAACCUUGAUUCUUGACUACUUUAAACAGGCUGUGUGUCAAAUCAUAUACAUGUCCUGAGGAAGCAGUAUUUACUCGUGAGUCCUGUCUGCAAGUUGGCACAGGUUAGAAUUUACAGGGUGUUUUUAUGCAGUUAUAACCAGAAUAUAUUCUGGAUAGUCUGCUUUUGUAUUACAAUGUGAGUAAUGUUAAUAUAUUAAAUUGAUUUCACGUAAAAUUGAAUACUAAAAUCUUGAAAGCCCCAUCAAUGUAAUUUUUGUUUUUGUACUGAGCAAAAUUUGGUAGCACUAACCUAAUGCUGUCUAAAAACAAGGAAGAAUUAAUAGGAAGAAACACCAAAAAUAAGCUCAAAACUACAAUAAAAAAGCCCUUACAGUACACAUAGUGUGCACACCUUGACAGGAUAUCACAAUCUGCAUUUGUGUUUUUUAUUUUGAGUUUGUAUUUGAUAUUGCUUUUCCACAGACAAUCAUGAGCUAGCAUAGAUACAAUACAUGAUGUUAAUAAUAUGCUGAAGGUUUUAUUGUGCUUUUCCAUGGCGGGAAUAAUGGCCCUUUGUGUCUUCCUUUUAAAAAUGUCUUGGAUGUCAUUCUUAUUUGAUGCCAUCCCCUACAGUGAUUCAAAAUGUGUGUUGUAUUUUGUUAAAGUAAAUGUUUUGUGUUGAAAUAAAGACUUUUCCAUAAA